CUUCAUAGAUUUUACCACUUGCUCCCGUUCAUAUAUAUUGUACAAUGAACCACUCUAGGAAUAUAUACACACACAUAUAGAUACAAAGAGAUAUCACAAUUAUUCUUCUCAGUCCCUCUCUAUGAUCAAUGCUGAUUUAGCCUCUUAGUUAGUGCUCAUCCUUCCCUUUAAUACCCUCCUCCAUUGAAAACAACUUACACACAAAACACAAACUCACAUAACAAAACUUUCAUUUUCCACAAUUCAACCGAUCACCAAAAACUUCAUUUAGAAACAGAGCUUCCUCUGUUUUCUCUCUUGAAAUUCAACCUACAAUUUUCAAACACAACAAAAAUCCAAAACCAAUCAACCAUAAACCCAACAUUAAUUUCAAGACAUUGACUUCAUCCUGUCCAUUUCAUUCUUAAACUCUACUUGCUAAAAUUUCGUUUUCCUCCCUAUUUCCUUAUUCAGGUAUUAGUAUCAGCUCUUGUUGCUUCGAUUCGUGAAAAGUCAAAAAAUCUGGUUUUAUACAUAUUUUCAAUAUGGACUAUUACCUAAGAGAAUUAGAAGGAAAACAAGCAAAUGACCCUUUAUUCAUGGAGAAAAUGAACAACAAUAGCAACAAGAACUCAACUUCUUCAAGUGAUAGAUGUUUAUGGAUUCCAGGUCCAUUGAUUGUAGGAGCAGGACCUUCGGGACUAGCAGUAGCAGCAUAUUUAAAACAAAAAGGUGUUCCAAGUUUAAUACUAGAAAGAUCAAAUUGCAUAGCUUCACUAUGGAAACUAAAAACAUACGAUCGACUUCGUCUUCAUUUACCAAAACAAGUUUGUGAGCUUCCAUUGAUGAAAUUUCCUUGUGGUUUUCCAACAUAUCCAACCAAACAACAGUUCAUAGAGUAUUUGGAGAGUUACUCAGAAAAAUUUGAUAUCAGGCCAUGGUUCAAUGAGACAGUUAUGCAUGCCGAGUUUGAUGAUGCACUUGGUUUUUGGAGGGUUAGGAGCGAAGGGAAAGUGGGGAUGGUUACCGAGUUUGUUUGUCGGUGGUUGAUCGUUGCGACCGGAGAGAAUGCGGAAGCGGUUAUGCCGGAGAUUGAAGGUGUUGGUGAAUUUGGUGGUAGUAUUAAGCAUACUAGUUUGUAUAAAACUGGUGAAGAGUUUAGAGGGAAGAAAGUUUUGGUUGUUGGAUGUGGAAAUUCAGGUAUGGAAGUUUGUUUGGAUCUUUGUAAUCAUGAUGCUGCUCCUUCUAUUGUGGUUAGAGAUUCAGUACACAUCCUACCAAGAGAUAUGCUGGGAAAAUCAACUUUUGGGUUGUCCAUGUGGUUGCUCAAGUGGUUGCCCGUGCAACUUGUCGAUCGCAUCCUUCUCAUCGUAUCAUGGCUAAUGCUUGGCGACACAGAACGGUUUGGAUUGGUUCGGCCUCAAUUGGGUCCCCUUGAACUCAAAAAAUUGUGUGGAAAGACACCAGUACUAGAUGUGGGUGCCCUUGCCAAGAUUAAAAGAGGAGACAUUAAGGUAUGUCCAGGCAUCAAGAGGUUAAAACACCACAAAGUGGAAUUUGUUGAUGGAAGAACAGAGAAUUUUGAUGCCAUCAUAUUGGCAACUGGUUACAAAAGUAAUGUUCCCUAUUGGCUAAAGGAUAAGGAUAUGUUCUCAAAGGUAGAUGGAUAUCCUACAAAGCCAUUCCCUAAUGGAUGGAAAGGUGAAAAUGGCCUCUAUGCUGUUGGUUUCACCAAACGUGGACUUCUUGGUGCAUCCAUGGAUGCCAAGAAUAUAGCUGAAGAUAUUGAAAGAUGUUGGAAAGCUGAGGCAAAACAUACUACUGUUUUUGCUCUAUUGCCACACAAUCUAAUUCAUGAUUAUUAAUUGGUUUGAUUAAUUAGGCCAAAUUAAUUACAUGUUAUAUGAAAGUUGGGUGUGUCAUUUUGACCAAAAAAAGUUUGGUGUGUCAUGACAUAUGUAUGGUGAUGGAGGAAAUUUGGUAUACCAUUACAUAUGUGCAUAAUGCUAUCCAUAAAAAGGAAAGAAAAAAAAUUGACAAAAAAGAAAAUGGUGAGAAAUUUUUUUCCUAUGGUGAAAAUUUGAGAAAACAUAAUUUUGAGGUAACUAAUCUUUUUGUGGUAUUGUCGUCUGUCGGACACGAAAUGAGGACACCUUUUUUAAGUAGAAUUUGAACAAUAGUUUGUCAUAUUAUGAGAGACUGUCAUCGGAUUCAACUUCUGUUGGUGAUGAUGAGUUUUUAUUUUAUUAAUUUUCUUGUGGUUUUUUGUUUUUUGAGAGAGGGAUGAACAUAUGAAUAUUGUAUAGGUAAUUUUUUGCUAUGUAGGUUUGACUUGCUAGAGAGAAAGGGAAACAAAGUGACAAAAAAUGAGGGUGAGGGUUUAUAGGAGAUAGUAAUUUUCAAGAGUGAAUGUUUGUAAGUGUAAUUGUGGUUAACCUAUAUUCCCAUGGAUUUUUCAUUUAAUGGAAUAGAGUUUUUU